AUGAACCUUGUAUUCGCCAUAGGGGCGCGAUAUUCGCAUCUGGUUGACGCUGAAUGGCGAGCUGAUGAUCGCGAUCAUCUAGUGUACAUGUGGAGAGCAGUCCACCUCUUACAGCUUCAACAGAUGAGGACUCUCACUCUACAUCCCGAACAGCGAUUAAUACAGGCGAUUGGACUUCUAUCGUUCUACUAUCUUACAAUUGGCCACGUUAGCAAGGCUUGGUAUAUGAUUGGUAUGGCCAUUCGCCACGCACAAGCUGCAGGUCUCCACCUUAGAUACGAGAACCCAUCUAUGCAAUCUGACAGAACAAGGUCACUGGCUGAGCUUUGGUGGGGUCUCAACUCGAUUGAGUGCAUCCUUACUUCGAUAUUAAGACGUCCUCGUGCCAUAGCCCCCAAGGAUUGUACAGUACCUCUACCAGGAGUGACCGGAAGUGAAACACAGUCAAAGUCGCGAGAGUCCACGACACCCAGCAUGUCUGCCACCUCGUCCGGCGUCAGUCGGGGCUCUGGCUCUUCUACUGGCGGCAAAAGUAUCGGGACUACCAAGCAUAGCUUUAUUAAGGCUUACGUCAAGCUCGAUCUUCUCAUGGACAAAAUCCUCUCUCGCCUUUAUUCACCCCGAAAGUCGAUCAAAUCUUGGAAGAGUGCCCAGAGAGAAAUCACUAUGCUCUCCGAGGAGCUGGAAAGCUGGGCUUUGCAGUCCCUGCCACAGGGCCCAGCUGCUGCUACUGCUGCUACAUUGGAUCACAGUUUAGAUCGUGAGAGCUUGCUGCUCCAUCUUUACUAUUACAAUGCGAAAAUUUGCAUCACGCGGCCAUGUCUCUGCCGACUCGACCAGCGAAUCAAAGGACAGAGUGAAGAGUCUGCUCGUUUCAACCAGAAAACAGCCGAAGCUUGCAUUGGGGCAGCCCUUGACAUUGCCGCCAUCUUGCCUGAUACCCCAAGCCCUACAUGGUACUACGAGAAUGGCCCUUGGUGGUGCGCUGUGCAUAUGAUUAUGCAAGGCCUUACUGUGCUUUUGCUCGAGCUCUCACUGAACUGCGCCCACCUGACAAUUGAAAAGUCGCACAUCACGUCUUGCGUCGAUAAGUUCAUGCGAUGGCUUGAGUCGAUGAAAUCUAUUGAUGAGGUCAGCGAGAGUGCAUACAGUGUCGUUAGCAAGGUCUUGAACAAGCAAACGCCAGAGGAAGCUGCCCGGAAGCAAUUGCCCUAUCUACAGUCAGCUCCAGGAUACGAACGCCACGGAUACAACAUUCAAGACCCCUCGCUCGGACCCCAAGUACCCUUUCAGAUGCAUAGCCAGCCAUCUUCGUUACAACAAAUGCAUCAUGCAUGGCCGGGCUCAGAUGCAUUCACCAACGCGCCUUAUUUUUCACAACCUGAUGCCAGCGGUUUUUAUCACAGCAAUUUACCGAGCACCGAGUAUCUGAACGACCCUCACGCAAGUCUGUAUCAGUUCGGACAGCCUCAGAUGAACUUGUUCUACGGGAACCCUUACCCAGCCACUAUGGACCAGUGGGACUGGGAUUCAAUGACGGCAGAUGACACUGCUCACGGCCCGGGCCAGCAGCAGAACCCAGGCCAGGCUCUGCCGUAUAGAGCGAGCGUAGAAAUCCAUUCUCCAGUCCUGGAUUGGCUAAACUUUCGGUAUUAG